AUGUCUGUUGACCGUGGAAUUGAUUAUAUCUUAUCAAGAACUCACAAAACAAAUAUAACUGGAUUGAAAGAUUUACCGAAGCUUGUUCAACAGUUCAUUCCGUUGGAUCAUUUAUCCACAAGCAAAACAAAAUUAGAUGUUAUUGAGCAGAGAAAAAUAAACAGAAAUGAAAGGAAGCAUUCUACUUGGAAGAAUCUUUCAACACGCAAAUUCAGAAAGCAAAACUUUAAAUACGAUAAAAGUAAAAUAACAUACGCAAUGAUUGAGCCUAUUUCUAAACUAUGGCAUGACUAUGCAGAAAGGGUAGGCGGAAAUGAGCAAAGUGUCACUAAAAUGGACCUCCAUGGAGCUCCAAUCACUGUAGUUGCAUCAAGAGAUCCAAAUCUUAUUGGUUUUGAAGGUUUGAUAGUUAAAGAAUCUGCUGGUGCAAUUAUAGUUGUAUCCAGUGAUAAUAAAGUAAAGCAAAUCAAUAAAAAUCACACUUUGAUUUGUCUUCAUCAUCCAAAACAGAAUUACGAGAUUAAUUUAUCAGCAAUCCGCUGCCGUCCAUUCCACCGUCCAACAAAGAAGUAUAAGAUGCGUACUCCAAUUGAUUUACCAUUUUAA